AUGGCCUACUACGACGACCAUGGGGACCAGGCCGGGGGCCGGUUCACGAAGAACUACGACAGCGGUCCGGUGGGACCUCGGCGGCCACGACUCGUCACGGAUUACGGCUCGUCGAUGGUGCAAUGGAUGCGCACGCGGCGCCCGCGGUACAGAGGAGGCCACCGCAUGGAGACUGAGCGACCGAGCGCGAGUUUCACAGUGGAUAUGCUCCCUCCCAUGGCCCGAGUCCAUUCCCCAGCCGAUAGCAUCCCCGUACGACACCUACAUCAGUCGAUUGGAAAGUCGAAGAAACCCAUUACCGUGGUGCGAUGGACGCCCGAAGGGAGACGCUUGUUGACGGGUGGACAUACGGGCGAGUUCAUGCUCUGGAACGGAACGGCCUUCAACUUUGAGACGGUCAUGGAUGCACACUACGAUCAAAUCCAAGCCGGUGUCACCUCGAUCGCAUUCUCUCAUAGCCAGGACUGGCUGAUUUCUGGCGGCCAAAGAGGCGAUAUCAAAUACUGGCGGCCGAAUUUUAACAACGUCGAGACGAUUGAUGAUGCGCACCACGAUGCCGUUCGGGACCUGGCGUGGUCGCCCGGCGAUACCAAGUUCCUGUCUGCGUCAGACGACACGACACUCAAGAUCUUCGAUUUCACCUCUCGAACCUGCGACGCCGUGCUGUCUGGACACAACUGGGACGUCAAGUCCUGCGAUUGGCAUCCGACAAAGGGUCUGUUGGUGUCUGGGUCGAAGGACCACCAGGUCAAAUUCUGGGAUCCGCGCACGACGCGGUGCCUGACGACCCUCCACAGCCACAAGAAUAUCGUCAAUACCACGCGCUUCUCUCGGGUGAAUAGUAACCUGCUUGCGACAUCGUCGCGAGAUCAGACGGCAAGGGUCUUUGAUUUACGCAUGAUGCGGGAUAUUUGCAUUCUACGCGGGCAUGAGAAACCACUCUCGUCAUUGACGUGGCAUCCGAUUCACAGCAACUUAAUUUCCACCGGCAGCGAGGACGGAUCUUUGCACCAUUAUCUACUGGAUGAACCGAAUCUGCCCAGCGGCCAGAUGCCGACGGUAGCUCCGUACGACAGCCCAGACCCCGCCAACACCCCAGCGCAGGUGAUCUACCCAGCGCAUCGCGUCCAAUACGCGCACGCCGCCACGAUCUGGUCAUUAGACUGGCACCCACUGGGCCAUAUCCUGGCGUCCGGAUCAAAAGACAACUUUACUCGAUUCUGGUCUCGCGCCCGUCCCGGAGAGACAAGCUACCUGAAAGACCGGUUCCACAUUGGCGAAGAGGCCGCCGAGGCCCAGGGGACCUGGAGUCGCGGCUUUGGCCGGAAACAGAUGCGCGAGGAAGAGGAACAAGAAAUGCAGGACGAAGCAGACAGCCUGGUCGACCAGCGACGACCCGGCGCACCUUCUCUGCCGGGUAUCCAAAGCGCUCCUCAGCCGGAUGUACCGGGACUUUUGCCAGGUAUUGGCGCUGCGCAGCCUCCACCGCCACCCCAACUGCCAGGCAUGCCUGGUGCCAUCCCGGGCAUGGAUCCAGGUCGCUUGGCUGCUCUGCUGUCUGCCCAGCAACCCCCACAGUUGCAUAGCAAUACUCCGCCACAGGGAAUACCGGGAUUCCCAAUGAUGCCGGGGAUGGGAGGUCCACCACCACCGGGUGCUCCGCCUAUGAAUGUCGACAUGGCACAGCUGCAGAAACAGCUGCUUGCGCAGGGCUUCCCGAUGCCGCAAAUGCCUGGACCUCCGGGCGCAUUUGGUGCUGGGCUACCUGGAUUGCAUGGAAGCGGGACACCAGACGGCAACAGAAGAUAA